AACUCAUUGUCAUCUUCAUCUUCAUCUUCUUCUGUGAAUACAGACAAAAAAUCAGUGGAUCUAUCUAUCUUCUUCUUCUUCUUCUUCUUCUUCAUCGUCAUCCAUGGCGUCUUCUCUUUCUCCUCGUAUCUGCCUCCAUCUCUGAGCGAUCAACCAUGUCGUAUCUUCUUCUUCCAGAUCCCAUCUCCCCGAUCCAACCGGUGAUGGCUCAAUCCUUUGAAUCCGCCGCCGUCGACCACUUCGAUCGCCUCCCGGAUUCUCUCCUUCUCCUCGUCUUCGACAGGAUCUCCGACAUCAAGGCUCUCGGACGAUGUUGUCUCGUCUCCCGGAGAUUCCAUUCCCUCGUGCCCUUGGUUGAGAACGUCCUCGUCCGCGUCGAUUGCGUCAUCUCCGACGACGAUUCCUCUUCCUCCGCCGUUGAUGAUCCUCGUUCCGCCUCCGCCUCCGGUGCCGGUGCCGCCGCCUCCUUCUCCGAUGCCGCCGCUGGUGGCUCUUUCUCCUCCUUGUUCAGGCUCUUCUUCGGUCCGAUUUUCAAGCCGUUUCAGGCGCUAGGUCAGUUUCUGGGUCCGAAGCGAUCGUACCUCGACUCGUCGGCAUUCGGAAAUGGCAACGGAGGCGGCGAGAUCGAUCAGGGCGGAGUCACUCAUCACUCACCGACGCAGGUUCUGAGGAAUUUCAACGAGAUUCGGUUUCUGAGAAUCGAGCUACCGAGCGGUGAAUUGGGGAUUGACGAUGGGGUUUUACUGAAAUGGAGAGCUGAUUUCGGAUCCACGCUCGACAAUUGCGUGAUCCUUGGCGCAUCGUCGGUGUCUCGAGCGAAUCCCGUCAAGAAUCACGAGAAUUCCGUCGAUUCAUCCUCCAUUGAUGACAUCGGGAACAUACCUGAGUCGUUCUACACCAAUGGCGGACUGAAACUUCGCGUAGUUUGGACGAUCAGCUCGUUGAUCGCCGCCUCGGCACGGCAUUAUCUGCUUCAGCCGAUCAUCACAGAACACAAAACACUUGACCGUCUGAUUCUGUCGGACGCGGAUGGACAAGGCGUUCUCAGUAUGAACAGAGAACAGCUCGAGGAGCUUAGGGUCAAGCCAUUGUCUGCUUCCUCUGCUUCGAAGCGAACCCUCGUGCCUGCAUUGAACAUGAGGCUAUGGUAUUCCCCGCAACUGGAUUUGCCCGAUGGAACAGUGUUCAAGGGCGCGACAUUGGUGGCCAUUAGACCGAGCGAAUCGAAGGAGGAAGCGUGUGAUGAUGAUGAUGCUUCUUGGUUAUCGGAUUCGUUCGAGGAGCCGUAUGGAACAGCGGCUAAGAUGUUGAUCAAGAGAAGGACUUAUUGUCUGGAGAUGAACUCGUUCUGAAUCCGGAUCAUGCCCAGGUUUCAGGGACUGCAAAUGCGAGAUCCGUCAUCGGAGAUCGGAGAUUGGAGAUAGGGCGGGUAGAAGACUCCGACAACAUUGGAAGUUAAACACAGGACAGGAACAUCAUCGGAACUGGUCGAGUAGAUAACCCCUUCUCGGAUCGAGGGUCGUCUUCAGCCUCGUAAAAAGCCUUGCUCGGGUAUCCGCGGGGCGGGCGGAGGAGAAAGAGCAAGCGAAGCGAGAGCACCUGUUUGUGAAUCUAACAAAGAGCCUUUCUUCCAUUGGAGAAAAUAUAAAGGUUCUUGCUUGGAUAUUGCCCUGAAAAUGGGACUUGGAAAUGGAAUAAUAUGAUCUUAAGACAAAGAAUGUUAGUGUUCCUAGUUUUUUUUUUGGGGGGUCGUUGUCCGUA